AUGGACCCCAAACUAGCGCCAAAUUUCGUCCGACCCAGCGAUAAGCGACCCACCGCUUACCGAUCUCCAGCACCAGCACAGGCCUCUCUCAUCCCCAACAUUGCGCCCAUCCAGCCCUACGUACUGGAAGACUCGCAGCACGAAAUCGAUCUCCCGCAAGACAGCCCGCGGCUUCUGCCCUCUCGAACAAACUCGCGCGAUUCGCUGGUGGGCCUCGAACAGAUUGCUCUGACCCUCAAACACCAUAGCAAACACAACCCCAAAGACUCAAACUACCACCCGGCCCCAGUCAACAUUCCGCGAAUCCACAGCGAGCUGAAUAUGAGCGACUCCAGCCCCGACCGAUGCGAGAAGAUCGACGAGGUCGACCUCGAGGUGUCGCCCAACGAGAUUCAGACGAACUUCUCCAAGUUCUCUCUGGGAGACCAGGCCCUACCACCCACCACAGUCGAAGAGGCCAUGGCCCCCACAUCGCCCAAGUCGCCCAAAGAACCACAGGUGCACACGGAGACCGGCACGGCAGAUUCGUCGUCCCGAACCCCGCCAUAUCUGCUCGACAACAGUGGACUGCGGCCUAUCAUUCAGAGCGCAGAUCUCGAAGAGGUGCCCAUCGGCGUGUCGCGGCAAGCACGAGACCUGGAUCACUACAAGUUUCCCACCCACCGACUGUCAGAGGUAAUGAUCGAGGAGACCAAGAGUCCUCUGGUCAUUGUGGCCUGUGGCUCCUUCUCGCCCAUCACAUACCUGCAUCUGCGAAUGUUCGAGAUGGCCAUGGACUCCAUUCGAGAACAGACCCGGUUUGAGGUCAUUGGAGGCUACUACUCGCCCGUCUCGGACAACUACAACAAACCCGGUCUGGCUCCUGCACAUCACCGAGUUCGAAUGUGUGAACUGGCCUGUGAACGGACAUCGUCGUGGCUCAUGGUAGAUGCAUGGGAGUCGCUGCAGCCCACAUACCAGCGAACUGCUACGGUGUUGGACCACUUUAACGAGGAAAUCAACAUCAAGAGAGGCGGUAUCAAGACGGUCAGUGGAAAGCGAAAGGGUGUCAAAAUCAUGCUGCUCGCAGGAGGAGACCUGAUUGAAAGUAUGGGGGAGCCCAACGUGUGGGAGGAGCGGGACUUGCAUCACAUUCUGGGCCGAUACGGGUGUCUGAUUGUGGAGCGAACAGGCGCAGACGUGCGGUCGUUCCUGCUGUCACAUGACAUUAUGUACGAGCACAGACGCAACGUGCUGGUCAUCAAACAGCUCAUUUACAACGAUAUUUCCUCUACAAAGGUGCGGCUGUUUAUUAGACGGGGAAUGAGCGUGCAGUAUCUGAUACCAAAUUCGGUCAUCCGAUACAUCCAGGAACACCGGCUCUACGUCGGUGAAACUGAGCCUGUCAAGCAGGUUCUGUACGACCGGGAAUAG